AUGGCCAACCCCCAAAAGACCUACUUCCUUCCCCCCUCCUGGGACUACCACCCAUCCGGCCCCAUCCAACUCGGCAACCUAAUUCUCUCGCCCUCUGAUCCGGCGGACGCCCUCAACGGCCCGACCUGCCCGCGCCCCCUUCCCGAAUCCCUCUUCCCCCCCGUCCCCAAAACCAACGAAACCUGGUCCACCACUACCACCACCACCCAACGCUACGGCAUCUUCACGGAGCUCCUCGCGCCGGUCCUCGGACUCGGCGCCAACACCGCCGUCGACCACACCGCCCGCGGUACCAGCACCUUCCGCUUCGCAGAAUCCGAAACGCGCGAGUUCGCGCCCACCCCGGACUUCGUGCGUGCCUGCCUGGCUGCGUCGCCCGACGCGCUGGAAGUGCUCGCGCACGCGCGCUUCCGCAACCCCUUGUACAUGGUGACUGCGGUGAAGGUGGUGCGCGGGGCGCAGGUGGAGGUGGGAAGGGUGCGGGAGGGUGGAGUUGAGUUCAAGGUGGGUGUGGACGCGACGAUGCUGGGCGCGCCGGUGACUCUGGGCCCCGAGGUCAAUGUUGUGCGAGGCAGGGAAGAGAGCGCGGCGUUUGACGCCGCGGGGGAGUUUGUUUUCGCCUUUCGGCUGAGGAAGAUUGUCGUGCGGCGAAGGACGGGGCAGGUCUUGAGGACAGAGCCGUUCAUAUCGGGCGCAAUGUACGACGCCGAGCGUCCGGCGGAGGUUGAGAAGUUUGUGGUGGAUGAGGAAGCUUGCCAGGAGCUGUCUGUCGAGGAGGGGGAUGCCUGGGAGACCGUGGUCGGGGAUGGCGAAGAGGUGGUUUACGUUAGGCCGACAGAGAAGGGUUAUUGA